UAUACAGGUACGGGUAGGUUCGACUUAAGGCCACAGUCACGAUUCCACCUGCGUUUGCAAAAGAACUCGCGAGUUUUUUCUUCUAAACAAGAAUAGAAAGAUACACAACAAAAUGACGAUUCGCCAAACAGUGAUCAUAGCUCUUUCGCUUUUCAUUUUACAAGCCAAUUUUGUGUUGCCUAGUCCCACUUCCACACAUCUGGUAAAGCGCCAAACUCUACAGAGAGAUUCUACAUUAUUCCUAGACUCUGUUGGUGAUUUGGUGGUAGGGGUUGUCAAUACUGGCCUGCGGAGUGUUGCGGCCUUGAUUACAUCCGGAAACGAAGCCACCCAAAAGACGGCCGUGGCAGUUGGAUCUGCAGCUCUGCCGCCUUUACUGAAUGUCACGAGAGCUUUUACACGCGUCCAACAAUCUGCCACGCGGCUCUUCAACAACACGCAAGCUGUCCUGCCAGAGCCUGGAACUUUGCGUGACGUGACAAGACGAAUUGCUCAAGGAAUUCAGCCGUCCAUCGGACUGGUCGGACAGUCGGUGAAUAGCACGUUCCGAGGUUCGUCCGGUCUUUUUGGUGGACGAGCGAAUACAACUAGAGUCAACCCUAACGAUAUCGAGAUUCCCGACGAAUUUGCAGAUUUUGAGAGCAAUUAAGCCUUUACUGUGAAAUUCCUUUGAACAACUGUUUGAAAAUCAACGUGUGUGACUACUUUGUACUUUUGUGUUGCAAAAAUCCGCUUGCGUGUUUUAUUUCUCUACGCUAAAAAGUCGAAAAAAAAACUUAAUAUUUUCAA